CUCGGCAGAGGGCGCCACGGUCGUCGCCGCUUGCGCUGCCGCAGCUCUGACAGAAAGCACCGCAGACUCGGCCGCAGCAGCAGGGCCAUCGCCAUGUCCACCCUGAUCGUCACCCAGGCGCCCUUCCUCGCACCCCUCGACACCCUGAAGCAAAGCUCCCAGAGCUGCGAGGCGAUGAGCUACGAAUCGAGUGACUCUGGCUGCUCGUCUUCGUCGUCGCUGACCUCUGAGGACCCGCCAUGCAUCGCCCUGGUCGACGAGGACGACAAGCAACAACGUCUGGCAGUGCUGAGCUUCGAACAGGUGCGGCGUCUCGACACCGUCAUGCAGCAGGUGGUGCAAGUGCACGGCCGCGGUAACUUUCCGACGCUUGAGGUGCGCCUGCGCGAUCUCGUCAGCGUCGUGCGCGCCAAACUCGAAGCCGACGACGUACGCGUCAGGGACAUCCGCCUCAACGGCGGCGCUGCGUCGCACGUGCUCGCGCACGAUGCCCAGACCUACAACGACCUCGACCUGAUCUUCGCAGUUGACCUGCCGUCCGCUCGCCAGUUCGAAAAGGUGAAGCAGGCCGUUCUGGCUUCGCUGCUGGAGCUUCUGCCCGACGGCGUUAGCCGCAAGCGUAUUUCCACCUGCUCCCUGAAGGAGGCCUACGUCGGCAAAAUGGUCAAGGUUAACGAAGCAGGCGAUCGCUGGUCCCUAAUCUCUCUUGGACACGGCAGCAACGUCGAGCUCAAAUUCGUCGACUCGAUGCGCAGGCAGUUUGAAUUCUCCGUCGACUCGUUCCAGGUGGUGUUGGACUCGCUGUUGCUGUUCUACAAGUGCAGCGACCUGGCGAUGUCAGAUAACUUCUACCCGACCGUGGUGGGCGAGUCCGUGUACGGCGACAUCCAGGAGGCGCUGCACCACUUGCACAAGAAGCUGAUCGCGACACGACACCCUGAGGAGAUCCGCGGCGGCGGUCUGCUCAAGUACUGCCACCUGCUGACGAGGAACUACCAGCCGGAGCGGCCACAGCAGAUCAAGACGCUGCAGCGGUACAUGUGCUCGCGCUUCUUCAUCGACUUCUCAGACGUGGUGAGCCAGCGGAGCAAGCUGGAGGCCUACCUGAACAACCACAUUGCCAGCGGCAUCGACCAGUACAUCUACCUGCAGCAGCUGUACAGCGUCGUCAACGAGUCGACCGUCUGCCUGAUGGGCCACGAAAGGCGCCAGACGCUGGCGCUGAUCGAGGAGCUGGCCCGCCAGGUGAUGGCGCCGCCCGUCAUCUACUACCAACCGUGGCAUACGUCCUGAGUGCGCAUCCGCAUCCUCAGCUGAACUCGGCGCGCCAUUGCUGCCGCUGAGCUGAAGAUGUCACUCUGAAAAUUGUGCGAUAACAAAAUUCAUGGACGAUUCGAACAAGGUUUUUUUCUGUCUCUCCGUGCAGACCGAGAAUUCUAUAUUACACGCGAUGUAUAGAGAUAUAUAUAUAUAUAUUAUAAUUAUAUGAAUGAAACAAAAAUACAUUCCCCUAAAAAGGCUGUGACCGGCACAAGGACUGCAUUUACAGCACAACACCGAUCUCCGCUGGCUCCUCCAAGUACAACGCAGCGCCGCCCGCUGUCUCUUCGCUCUCGAUCGUCGUGCGCGUCGUUCGUCCGUCAGUGUGUGCGUCAGUGUCUCUAUCGUAGGUUUAAGCUGCACUCUAGCUCUAAUUGCGCUCUUGCACUCCUUCUCGGCGGGGAACGGCAUUUGACAAACGACGAAGGCACGAGGCGGUGUCGUCGACAGAGAUUCGAUCAUAUUUAUUUUAUAAAUGUUUCGUAUUUCAUAUUGAAGUGUGUGCUAUGCCGGUUGCACACUUUUUCCGAUUUAGGGGGUUGCUUAUUGCAACAGUUCGUGAAACGAAGAAAAAUACAAAAAAAUAAAUAUAUAAAUUUUUAAAAAAUCUACAAAAAAAUUACCCGAUUUUUUGGAAUGCCGUUCCCUGCACAAAUUUGAAGAUCCGACUGUGUAAAUACAUAUGUACGUGCGCGCGCGCGAGUUUUGUGCUGCCCUGUUGCAUCUUUCUUACUUAGUCGUCUCUCAGACUCGCAUGGGACGGUCGACCGUAUUUACCACACAAGAACACAUGUGCAUAUACCAUUUAAAUAAUUCAACACACAUUUAACCAUAUUAAUCGCUAACGAUGCGCUGCUGUCUGUGUCAUCAAAUAUCAAUAAACUACAGCAUACAGAUCAAA